AAAAUAAAUCCCAUCGCAAUUUUUUUUUUCAUUAUGAAAUGAGGAUGAUGGUCACAAAUCUUUUAAACUCUCCCUGCUUUUUUAUCUGUGUGAGCAAAUUCAUUAUUACCAUGACCAGUUCUUACUCAAGGACGCAUUUUCACAAAGUACAUGACAUGCAUGCAUUUCCCUCGUCUAAUAUGAAAAAGAGUUUUCAGGAGAAUAACAAAUGCUUGUACAAUAAAUCUAUUGUACGUACGAUGUAAGUUUUUUUUACUGGACAUAGUUUUAAAGUUGUACGAGGGCCUUUAGAGGUUGUUGCCAUUUUGUUGAAUCUGUCCAUCCGAGCGAGUAACGUUAAGGUCUGUUGAUUCUAUCAGCGAUCCCGUCUGGCUAAUGAGCAAUACUUGUAUUGAAUUGUCCUUGUAUUAAUUACAUUGAUUCGGUACUUUAAAUCUACUCAAUAGCAAAGAAAGUGAAUUGUAUUUAUAGACUAUCAAUAUUUGGUCCAUUCCAGAAUUUUCGAUUUUUUAAAAUAAAUAAAAAAGCCUAAUAGAAAAAGCUUACCGGAAGAACACAUCAAUUUGAGAGACAUCAGCCGAGGCUCCUAUCAUCACAUGGCUACAUUAUUGAAUAUCUGUCGUUCGGCAAUUAACAAAAUUACUCUUUAAUGGCAAUAAAAAUCUGAACAUGACCGGAGGAUUGAAAAGUUCGGAUAAUUUACAAAUUUGAUUUAAAUGUAGAUUGUCUUAAUCAAAGCGUUUUGUCUAUUUGUAUUACUAGUUUCAUGGUGAUGUGAUGUGGGUUUAAAUAGUCGACUGGCCGCUGAAAACUUCAUUGUGAGGAAUUUUAUGAUACGGUUAACCAGUUUAUAUAAAUUUACGAAACUGCCGUAAUUUUCUAAAACGCUUUUUAAAAAACCACUAUGGUCGUUUGUGAUCUAGCGGUCAUUGUACUAUGGUGCUUAGUUUCCCUCGGUGGUUGUGAGUUACCAGGACUUGUGUUUUACGGUAAGAGAAGCGACCCCCUCUUUACGUAUUCCACGUUGAGCCCCUCGGGGAUCCAGCAGUGUGUUCGAGUUUGUUUCUUGGAUAGAGCAUGCAAUUCCGUGAACUUUGACCGCAGUCAGCUGACCUGUCAUCUUAACAGCCGUGAGGUCCAACCGGAUUCUCUAACAUCAGACAGUGACUUCGUCUUCAUAACCAACAUUUCUGGAUCACAGAAUCUGACGAAAGAUUGUUCCCAGAACAAUUGUGGUCAAGAAGAGUCUUGCAUAAACUUAAAGAAUGGUACCGCGUGUAUCAAAACAGUCUGUCCUCGUGCGGUGUAUUCCUAUGACAACUCGUCAAACACGUGCUACAGAAUAGUCGACCAACUCUUCCUCAACUGGACGGCCGCGGAGGAGUUCUGCCAAAAAGACGGUGCUCGCCUGAUAUCACUACGCACUGAAAACCAAACCAACUUCAUUUCCGAACAAUUAAAAAUAAACUACAUCCACACCAACUUGACGGAAUAUUGGAUCGGAUUGAGUGACAGAGAAGUGGAGGGUGCGUUCAGGUGGGUGGACGGCCAGUCCGUGGGGUUCUCCAACUGGGGCGAUAAUCAGCCGAAUAACAGGGACGUUAACUGUGUCAGUAACGGGACGUUCGAGGCCGACUGUACCGUCAUCAGAAAGAACGGGAGAUGGGCAGAUGACUGUUGCGGGGAUUCCAAGGCCUUUAUUUGUGAGAUCGUUUAAAGGAAAUAACAAUUUACUGGAUACAACUCGGUGUUUUUAUGGAUCUAGCAGCGAUUUAUAAAACCUGGUCCCAACGUCAUCAAAACUUCCAAUCCUUCAAUAUAGUCCUCACCUCAAAUUUUCAAAAGAAAUGUACGUAAAUUUGAGGUAACAUCUCAGACUUGAGGCUGAGUAUUCACUUGAAGAAACUUGGUGACGGUGGGGUCAGAUUUUUUAAAAUGACAUCUAGCGGCCAUAAGUCUCUUUACAUUUUAGUCGAGUCUUUGUCUGGCUACGUAUAAUACACACCAAACAUAGGUCAUCUCUGUAAUACCGGGAGCGCCGCUUUUCAAGGAUACAUAUGUUAUAUAUAGAACAGUAAAAUUAAUAUAUUAAUCCAUAUGUAUAAGAAAGUUUGAACACUGGAAAAUCACUUUGAAGAGAAUUUUAAAAAUAUAAUAUAUUAUUAGGAAAACAUUGUGACAGUCAUUUGAGAAAAUAUUUUUUGAGAAAAAUGUUCAUGUACAAUAUUGAGGCUACUUGUAUGAAUUUGUGGGGUUUUUUUUUAAACGAGCGAAAAUUU